CAUCGACCGUGGAAGUUGACUGUGUGAGCUGACAGAAAGCAGCAGUCACACAUAUUUUGCCUUUUUGCCUCAACUUGCCAUUCUCCACGCUUCGUUUAACGCUGCUCAAGACCCAAUAAUCAUUAAAUGUAAUGAAACAAAUAAAAUAAUAAAUAACUGCAAGCAGACGAUAAUAAAGAGGCAAAACGAAGUAAACUAUAAUUUACCAAAAACUAAGCCAUCAUUUGCCGCAAGGUGUUAAUAGUAUUGGCCAACUCUUGUGGAGACGAAUAAGGGAGAAGUAAGCCCCCACACACACACAAAAAGCAGCAAAAAUGCCGCCAAAUGCAAAUUCCGAACCGGAAACCAAAUCAGAGCCAGAGCCGGCGUCUGUUGGUGCUGAAUCCACAUCUGGACUGGAAUCUGUGGAUCAAAAAUCGCCCGAAUCCGCACAUCAUUCCAUUUUUCGUGAAAAAGAUGUAGAAGACACAGCCGCUGAGGCAGCUGCCGCUGCAGCGGAAAGUCAAAGAAUCGCACAGGUGGACACAACAACAAAAGGCUCAACAGAGGCACCGGAAACCUCAACCACAUCCGUACCGAUAUUUAAAAAAGUAGAGCAUGCCGGCGAAGUGGUCACUGAAAUAAUAUCCGAACGUACCGGCCUUCCCACUUGGGGCGUUGUGGCCAUUAUAAUACUCGUAUUCCUUGUUGUGUUUGGUAUUAUCUUCUUUUGUGUUCGGCGAUUCUUGAAGAAACGAAGAACCAAAGAUGGUAAGGGUAAGAAGGGCGUCGAUAUGAAAUCGGUACAGUUAUUAGGAUCAGCGUAUAAAGAGAAAGUUCAGCCUGAUAUGGAGGAACUUACCGAAAACGCCGAAGAGGGCGACGAAGAGGAUAAGCAAAGUGAACAAAAACUAGGUCGUCUCAAUUUUAAGCUUGAAUAUGACUUCAAUUCAAAUAGUUUGGCUGUCACGGUUAUACAGGCCGAAGAACUGCCCGCCCUAGAUAUGGGCGGUACAUCUGAUCCCUAUGUCAAGGUUUAUCUGCUGCCCGAUAAGAAAAAGAAAUUUGAGACUAAAGUACAUCGUAAAACCCUCAGUCCGGUCUUCAAUGAGACAUUCACCUUUAAGAGUUUGCCCUAUGCCGAUGCCAUGAACAAAACACUUGUAUUUGCCAUAUUUGAUUUUGAUCGAUUCUCCAAACACGAUCAAAUUGGUGAGGUAAAGGUUCCCCUAUGCACCAUUGAUUUGGCCCAGACGAUUGAGGAAUGGCGCGAUUUGGUCAGCGUUGAAGGUGAAGGUGGUCAGGAAAAGCUUGGAGAUAUCUGCUUCUCAUUGCGUUAUGUACCAACUGCUGGCAAAUUGACCGUUGUCAUUUUGGAGGCCAAGAACUUGAAGAAAAUGGACGUCGGUGGCUUGUCUGAUCCAUAUGUGAAAAUUGCAAUCAUGCAAAAUGGCAAACGUUUGAAAAAGAAGAAGACAAGUAUCAAAAAAUGCACCCUCAACCCUUACUAUAAUGAGUCGUUCUCAUUUGAAGUACCAUUUGAACAAAUACAAAAAAUAUGUCUUGUUGUGACCGUCGUGGAUUAUGAUCGUAUUGGUACCUCGGAACCAAUUGGUCGCUGUAUACUUGGAUGUAUGGGCACUGGUACUGAGCUACGUCAUUGGUCCGAUAUGUUAGCCUCGCCUCGUCGACCCAUUGCCCAAUGGCAUACACUAAAGGAUCCGGAGGAAACUGAUGAGAUAUUGAAGAACAUGAAGUAAAGGGCCAAUAGCUCUGUCACUACACAUGGCUGAUGACAAAAUGCAGACUUACAGCACAUCUAUCAAACAUAUGAAUGGAAAUGUAACCAAAGAACACUCAGAAGAAGCAAAAUACCGUCAAAACAUAGAAAAAAAUUAGAUAAUUCUCGUAUGGCAUUAUCAUGUCACUGUCGUCGUCAUAGUCGUCUGAUCCUUCUCAUCAUGUAACAACAACAACAACAACAACAUACCAACAACAGCAACAAUCAAGUAAAGAAAACGAUAUCGUAGUUAAAAGCAAAUUGUUCAUACCAAAAAAUAAUAAUAACAACCACUACAAAUGAAACACACAAAUAGAAAUUUAGAAAUUUAAGUUAUAUAUCUCAUUGGUUGGAACAACAAACAAAUUGUUCUUCACUUCAAAACAAAUAUUAUACUAUUUAUAUAUAUAUAUAAAUAUAUAUACACCCACAUCUAUAUAGAAUCAAUGACAAGGCUUCAGAACAUUAAUUCAUUUUCAAGUCUUACAAGAGAA